ACUUUGUGUGAAAAACUACAUUACCCAUCUCGCACUGGUGAUUCGCGGAUUCAUCAAACAGGGAUGCAGCGAGACAAAACCGGAAAUGCCACCGGGGCUGAAAAGCCUGACCGGGAGGCCGCCAUUAUGUCCAAAUACUACGACGGAGUCGAUUUUCCUUUCUGUGACGAGUUUUCUAAAUAUGAAAAACUUGCUAAGAUCGGCCAAGGAACCUUUGGGGAGGUGUUCAAAGCCAAGCACAGACAGACUGGGAAGAAGGUAGCCCUGAAGAAGGUGUUGAUGGAGAAUGAGAAGGAAGGGUUUCCCAUUACUGCUCUGAGGGAGAUCAAGAUUCUGCAGCUCCUAAAACAUGAGAACGUCGUCAACCUAAUAGAGAUCUGUCGAACCAAAGCCACCCAGUUCAACCGCUACAAAGGCAGCAUCUAUCUGGUGUUUGACUUCUGUGAGCACGAUUUGGCGGGGUUGCUAAGCAACGCCAAUGUUAAAUUCACCCUGGCUGAGAUCAAGAAGGUUAUGCAGAUGCUGCUGAAUGGACUCUACUACAUCCACAGAAACAAGAUUCUACACAGAGACAUGAAGGCGGCCAACGUGCUCAUCACCCGAGACGGCGUUCUGAAGCUAGCUGACUUUGGGUUGGCGCGAGCCUUUAGCCUGGCAAAGAACAGCCAGGGCAAUCGCUACACCAACCGAGUGGUUACUCUCUGGUACCGCCCCCCAGAGCUGCUACUGGGUGAGAGAGACUACGGCCCUCCCAUUGACCUGUGGGGAGCCGGGUGCAUCAUGGCCGAGAUGUGGACGCGCAGCCCCAUCAUGCAGGGCAACACGGAGCAGCAUCAGCUCACACUCAUAAGCCAGCUGUGUGGCUCCAUCACUGCAGAGGUAUGGCCGGGCGUGGACAAGAAGUAUGAGCUCUACCAGAAGAUGGAGCUCCCAAAGGGCCAGAAGAGGAAGGUGAAGGACCGGCUCAAGGCUUAUGUCAAGGACCCGUAUGCCCUGGACCUGAUUGACAAGCUCCUGGUCUUAGACCCGGCCCAGCGGACAGACAGCGACGACGCUCUGAACCACGACUUCUUCUGGUCGGACCCCAUGCCCUCGGACCUGAAGAACAUGCUCUCCACGCACAACACGUCCAUGUUUGAGUACCUGGCCCCGCCCCGCCGAAGAGGUCACAUGCCCCAGCAGCCAGCCAAUCAGAACAGGAAUCCAGCCACCACGAGUCAGCCGGAGUUCGACCGGGUGUUUUGAUCGGA